AAAUACAAUGGAGGCCAUCCUCUUGAAGUUGACGCAGCGGAAAUUUACACGAAUGGUGUUUACAAAAAGUUUGAAGACGAGUUCUACAAGUCCAUGUCGUUGGUCGUCUCCAAUCGCAUCAGUGACACUGAAUUUGAAGUUCAGCUUGCACGUCCUGAAUAUAUGGUUGAUUAUGAAGCUAGAUCAUACAUUGUAGCUGUUAAGGACGGUGGUGAUUUCAUAUCAUGCAACUGUGGGUACUUCCAGCACAUCGGCAUGCUGUGCAGGCACUCCAUAAAGAUACUCAUUCAGAAAGAUAUAUUCAAGAUACCAAUCAAUAAUAUUGUGAAACGCUGGACCAGAAGAGCGAAGGAAGGUUUCGAGGGUGUUCAUAUACCGAGCCAAUCAUCUCGUGCGACUGAUGAUUCAGCAGCACGUCAGAACAUUCUGUAUAUAGCAGCAAUGGAAGCGGUGAAGGAGGUUUCACAAUGUGAGAGCAUGCUUGAAACGACUCUGAAGGUGUUCCGUGAGCUGACAUCAGAGGCAAUCAGGCUGCGCGAAUGUGAUGGUUCGUCAGCGCCUAGAAGGAAAAAAGAUGAUGGCCUGAAUAUCACGGUAUUAAGCGAUAAGCAGAUCUCGAUCAUGCAUACACCUAAACGUGUGAAGCCUAAGGGUAGGCCGAAGAUAUUAAGGGUGAAGUCGCGGCUUGAGUACGUGAAGGUGUUUAAGCAAAAAAACAAGUCUGUUGCCACUUUGUAUGGUAACAAGAACAUUCAGCCAAGCGACUUCGUAGGGCAUUCCAGUGGAGUCACUAUGGAGGACGCGGGAUGUCCUAAUGUCAAGAAAUCCAAAACUGGGAAAAGAAAGACUCCAAGUACUAGUAGGUCGUCUUGCAAAAUGCGGUGA